AGGUAUGGCCAACUACGGCGGUCAUCCCCAAACUGAACCACAUGCUAUCCCGGAUUCAAUUCUGGAAGAAAAGUCUCGAAAAUGGAAACAACUUCAAGGAAAGCGGUAUUCGGAGAAAAAGAAGUUUGGAAUGUCCGAUACGCAGAAAGAAGAAAUGCCACCUGAGCACGUCCGAAAAGUUAUCAGAGAUCAUGGUGAUAUGACUUCUCGCAAAUAUCGUCAUGAUAAAAGAGUCUACCUCGGUGCUUUGAAAUAUAUGCCACAUGCCGUUUUGAAGCUACUGGAGAACAUGCCGAUGCCCUGGGAACAAAUCAGAGAUGUAAAAGUUCUGUAUCACAUCACCGGUGCGAUCACUUUUGUCAACGACAUUCCGCGUGUCAUCGAGCCGGUCUACAUGGCACAAUGGGGAACGAUGUGGAUUAUGAUGAGAAGAGAAAAACGUGAUCGUCGUCAUUUCAAGCGAAUGAGAUUCCCUCCAUUUGACGAUGAAGAACCGCCUCUCGAUUAUGCUGAUAAUAUUCUGGAUGUCGAGCCUUUAGAGCCAAUUCAAAUGGAACUAGAUCCAGAAGAAGACGGAGCUGUUGCUGAAUGGUUCUACGAUCACAAGCCUCUUGCAACAACUCGAUUUGUGAACGGCCCAACGUACAGAAAAUGGGCAUUCAGUAUUCCACAGAUGUCCACAUUGUAUCGUCUUGCAAAUCAGCUGCUUACCGAUUUAGUAGAUGAUAACUACUUCUACUUGUUUGACAUGAAAAGUUUCUUCACUGCUAAAGCACUCAACGUUGCAAUUCCAGGAGGCCCGAAGUUCGAACCAUUGGUAAAAGAUUUACAUACUGAUGAAGACUGGAACGAGUUCAAUGAUAUCAAUAAAGUUAUUAUUCGAGCUCCAAUUCGUACCGAGUACAGAAUUGCAUUCCCAUUCAUGUACAACAAUCUGAUCAGCUCGCUGCCUGUUCAAGUUUCAUGGUAUCAUACUCCUUCAGUUGUAUUUAUCAAAACUGAAGACCCAGAUCUUCCCGCAUUCUACUAUGAUCCAUUGAUCAAUCCAAUCGUUCUCAGCAACUUGAAAGCAACUGAAGAAAAUCUACCAGAAGGUGAAGAGGAAGACGAGUGGGAGCUGCCUGAAGAUGUUCGACCCAUUUUUGAAGACGUUCCACUCUACACCGAUAACACGGCUAAUGGUUUAGCACUUCUAUGGGCCCCUCGGCCAUUCAAUCUUCGAUCGGGAAGAACGAGAAGAGCAGUGGAUGUACCACUUGUCAAAUCGUGGUAUAGAGAACAUUGUCCAGCAGGAAUGCCCGUGAAAGUUCGUGUUUCUUAUCAGAAACUGCUCAAGGUGUUUGUUCUGAACGCUCUCAAACAUCGUCCACCGAAGCCCCAGAAGCGUCGUUAUCUGUUCCGUUCCUUCAAGGCAACAAAAUUCUUCCAAACAACCACCCUGGAUUGGGUAGAAGCUGGAUUGCAAGUUCUUCGUCAAGGAUACAACAUGCUCAAUUUGCUCAUUCACCGAAAGAAUCUCAACUAUCUUCAUCUUGAUUACAACUUCAAUUUGAAACCAGUUAAAACAUUGACAACAAAGGAAAGAAAGAAAUCUCGUUUCGGAAAUGCAUUCCAUUUGUGCAGAGAAAUCCUUCGUCUCACAAAACUUGUUGUUGAUGCCCAUGUUCAGUAUCGUUUGAACAACGUCGAUGCGUACCAACUUGCAGAUGGUCUACAAUAUAUCUUUGCUCACGUCGGUCAACUGACCGGAAUGUAUCGUUACAAGUACAAGCUCAUGAGACAAGUCAGAAUGUGCAAGGAUCUCAAGCAUCUCAUCUACUAUCGUUUCAACACUGGGCCGGUUGGUAAAGGACCUGGAUGUGGUUUUUGGGCUCCGGGAUGGAGAGUUUGGUUGUUCUUCUUGCGUGGAAUCACACCACUGCUCGAGAGAUGGCUUGGAAAUCUGUUGUCUCGACAAUUCGAAGGAAGACAUUCAAAGGGAGUGGCCAAGACAGUCACCAAGCAAAGAGUUGAAUCUCAUUUCGAUCUUGAAUUACGUGCUGCUGUCAUGCAUGACAUUCUGGAUAUGAUGCCGGACGGAAUCAAACAAAAUAAGGCUCGUGUUAUUCUUCAGCAUUUGUCAGAGGCGUGGAGAUGUUGGAAGGCUAAUAUUCCAUGGAAGGUUCCCGGACUGCCAACUCCAGUUGAAAAUAUGAUUCUACGUUAUGUGAAAGCAAAGGCUGAUUGGUGGACUAAUUCGGCACAUUACAACAGAGAACGUGUAAGACGAGGAGCGACAGUAGACAAAACUGUGUGCAAGAAGAACUUGGGUAGAUUGACAAGAUUAUACCUGAAAUCAGAGCAAGAAAGACAACACAAUUACUUGAAGGACGGACCAUAUAUCUCUGCAGAAGAAGCUGUUGCAAUUUACACGACUACAGUACAUUGGCUGGAAUCAAGAAGAUUUUCUCCGAUUCCUUUCCCACCACUUUCUUACAAACACGACACAAAACUUCUUAUUUUGGCUCUUGAAAGACUGAAGGAAAGUUACAGUGUGAAGAAUAGAUUGAAUCAAUCCCAAAGAGAAGAACUGGCUUUAAUUGAACAGGCUUAUGAUAAUCCUCACGAAGCUUUGUCUCGUAUCAAGAGACACAUGCUCACGCAGCGUGCAUUCAAAGAAGUCGGAAUUGAGUUUAUGGAUCUCUACACUCAUCUUAUUCCAGUCUACGAUAUCGAGCCUCUUGAGAAAGUCACUGACGCUUACCUCGAUCAAUACCUCUGGUAUGAAGCAGACAAGAGAAGAUUGUUCCCGGCAUGGGUGAAACCAGGAGAUACUGAACCACCACCGCUUCUUACAUACAAAUGGUGUCAAGGUCUCAACAAUCUUCAAGAUGUUUGGGAGACAAGUGAAGGAGAGUGUAAUGUCAUCAUGGAAACAAAAUUGGAGAAAAUUGCUGAAAAAAUGGAUUUGACACUUCUCAAUAGAUUGCUCAGAUUGAUUGUGGAUCACAAUAUUGCCGAUUACAUGACUUCGAAGAACAACGUUCUCAUCAACUAUAAGGAUAUGAACCACACCAAUUCUUUCGGAAUUAUUCGUGGUCUACAAUUUGCUUCGUUUAUUGUUCAAUUCUAUGGAUUAGUUCUUGAUCUUCUUGUUCUUGGACUUCGACGAGCUUCCGAAAUUGCCGGUCCGCCCCAAUGUCCAAACGAGUUCUUGCAAUUCCAGGAUGUUGCCACAGAAAUUGGUCACCCUAUUCGUCUCUACUGCCGGUACAUCGACCGAGUUUGGAUCAUGUUCCGUUUCAGUGCUGAUGAAGCACGUGAUUUGAUUCAAAGAUACUUGACAGAGCAUCCAGAUCCGAAUAAUGAGAAUAUUGUCGGUUAUAACAACAAAAAGUGUUGGCCAAGAGACGCUAGAAUGAGAUUGAUGAAACAUGAUGUCAAUUUGGGUCGUGCUGUCUUCUGGGAUAUCAAGAACCGUCUCCCACGUUCCAUCACAACUGUCGAGUGGGAAAAUUCAUUCGUAUCAGUGUACAGUAAGGAUAACCCGAACAUGUUGUUCGACAUGUCCGGAUUCGAGUGUCGUAUUCUACCAAAGUGUCGUACGGCUAAUGAAGAGUUUGUUCAUCGUGAUGGUGUAUGGAAUCUUCAAAACGAAGUGACAAAGGAAAGAACUGCUCAGUGCUUCUUGAAGGUCGAUGAGGAGUCAUUGUCCAAAUUCCAUAACAGAAUUCGUCAAAUUUUGAUGUCUUCUGGAUCUACAACGUUCACCAAAAUUGUCAACAAAUGGAAUACAGCAUUGAUCGGAUUGAUGACCUACUUCAGAGAAGCUGUUGUGAACACUCAAGAACUUUUGGAUUUAUUGGUGAAAUGUGAGAAUAAAAUUCAAACGAGAAUCAAGAUUGGACUCAACUCAAAAAUGCCCUCAAGAUUCCCUCCAGUUGUUUUCUAUACGCCAAAAGAAAUCGGAGGACUUGGAAUGCUAUCUAUGGGACACGUCUUGAUCCCACAGUCUGAUCUUCGAUGGAUGCAACAAACGGAAGCUGGAGGUGUCACUCACUUCCGUUCCGGAAUGAGUCACGAUGAAGACCAAUUGAUUCCAAAUCUGUACAGAUAUAUUCAACCUUGGGAAGCAGAGUUUGUCGAUUCUGUUCGUGUGUGGGCAGAAUAUGCGCUCAAGAGACAAGAAGCCAACGCUCAAAAUAGAAGACUCACUUUGGAAGAUCUCGACGAUUCAUGGGAUCGUGGAAUUCCGAGAAUCAAUACUUUGUUCCAAAAAGAUCGUCACACAUUGGCAUACGAUAAAGGAUGGCGUGUUAGAACCGAAUUCAAGGCUUAUCAAAUUCUGAAGCAAAAUCCAUUCUGGUGGACACAUCAAAGACACGACGGAAAGUUAUGGAACUUGAACAACUAUAGAACAGACAUGAUUCAAGCACUUGGAGGAGUAGAAGGAAUUUUGGAACAUACAUUAUUCAGGGGAACCUACUUCCCAACAUGGGAAGGUUUGUUCUGGGAACGUGCAUCUGGAUUCGAAGAGUCGAUGAAAUUCAAGAAACUGACAAACGCCCAACGUUCUGGACUUAAUCAAAUUCCGAAUCGUCGUUUCACUCUCUGGUGGUCUCCAACUAUCAACCGUGCUAAUGUCUACGUCGGUUUCCAAGUACAACUCGAUUUGACUGGAAUUUUCAUGCACGGAAAGAUCCCGACGCUCAAGAUUUCUCUCAUUCAAAUCUUCCGUGCUCACUUGUGGCAAAAGAUUCACGAGUCAGUAGUUAUGGAUCUGUGUCAAGUUUUCGAUCAGGAACUCGAUGCACUUGAGAUUCAAACAGUCCAAAAAGAAACUAUCCAUCCGAGAAAGUCUUACAAAAUGAACAGUUCGUGUGCCGACGUACUUCUCUUUGCUCAAUACAAGUGGAAUGUGUCUAGGCCUUCUUUGAUGGCAGACAGCAAAGAUGUCAUGGAUAACACCACAACUCAGAAAUAUUGGCUCGAUGUGCAGCUUCGUUGGGGAGAUUAUGAUUCUCACGACGUUGAACGAUACGCCCGUGCAAAAUUCCUUGACUAUACCACUGAUAACAUGUCGAUUUAUCCUUCACCGACUGGAGUUCUCAUCGCAAUCGACCUCGCGUACAAUCUAUAUUCUGCGUACGGAAACUGGUUCCCAGGAAUGAAACCAUUGAUUCGACAGGCGAUGGCAAAGAUCAUCAAAGCCAAUCCAGCCUUCUAUGUGCUGCGUGAACGUAUUCGCAAGGGUCUUCAACUCUACUCGUCGGAACCAACUGAACCUUAUUUGACAAGUCAAAACUACGGAGAGUUGUUCAGUAACCAAAUUAUCUGGUUCGUUGAUGAUACCAAUGUCUACCGUGUCACCAUUCACAAGACAUUCGAAGGUAACCUAACGACCAAGCCAAUUAACGGAGCCAUCUUCAUCUUCAAUCCACGUACUGGUCAGCUUUUCCUCAAGAUCAUUCAUACAUCCGUAUGGGCUGGACAGAAGCGUUUGUCGCAGUUGGCCAAGUGGAAAACAGCAGAAGAAGUUGCUGCCCUCAUUCGUUCGCUUCCAGUUGAAGAACAACCACGCCAGAUCAUUGUAACAAGAAAAGCUAUGCUCGAUCCAUUGGAGGUGCAUCUUCUCGAUUUCCCGAAUAUUGUCAUCAAGGGAUCUGAGCUCAUGUUACCAUUCCAAGCUAUCAUGAAGGUUGAAAAAUUCGGUGAUUUAAUUCUCAAGGCCACCGAGCCACAGAUGGUGUUGUUCAAUCUGUACGAUGAUUGGCUCAAGACAAUUUCUUCAUACACUGCUUUCUCUCGUGUCGUUCUUAUCAUGCGUGGAAUGCACAUUAAUCCAGAUAAGACUAAAGUUAUCUUGAAACCAGACAAGACUACUAUCACCGAGCCUCAUCAUAUUUGGCCCACACUUUCUGACGACGAUUGGAUCAAGGUUGAAUUGGCUCUGAAGGAUAUGAUUCUGGCAGAUUAUGGAAAGAAGAACAAUGUGAAUGUUGCUUCAUUGACUCAAUCUGAAGUCAGAGAUAUUAUUCUUGGAAUGGAAAUCUCUGCGCCAAGCCAACAACGUCAACAGAUUGCGGAUAUUGAGAAACAAACGAAAGAGCAGAGUCAAGUUACUGCAACGACUACACGAACUGUCAAUAAACAUGGAGAUGAAAUUAUCACAGCAACUACAUCGAAUUACGAAACAGCAUCGUUUGCUAGUCGUACAGAAUGGAGAGUUCGUGCUAUUUCAUCCACAAAUCUUCAUCUUCGAACUCAACACAUCUAUGUCAAUUCCGAUGAUGUCAAGGAUACAGGAUAUACUUAUAUUCUUCCAAAGAAUAUCCUCAAGAAGUUCAUCACUAUCUCGGAUCUUCGAACACAGAUUGCUGGAUUCAUGUAUGGUGUAUCGCCACCUGAUAAUCCACAAGUAAAGGAGAUUCGGUGCAUUGUCCUCGUUCCACAGACUGGAAGUCAUCAGCAAGUCAAUCUUCCAACACAACUUCCGGAUCAUGAGCUUCUUCGCGAUUUUGAGCCACUUGGAUGGAUGCACACUCAACCAAAUGAGUUGCCACAAUUGUCUCCACAAGAUGUCACAACUCAUGCCAAGCUAUUGACCGAUAACAUCAGCUGGGAUGGAGAAAAGACAGUGAUGAUCACGUGCAGUUUCACUCCUGGAUCUGUUUCUCUGACUGCAUAUAAACUUACACCAUCGGGAUAUGAAUGGGGUAAAGCGAAUACCGACAAAGGAAAUAAUCCAAAGGGAUAUAUGCCAACUCACUAUGAGAAAGUGCAAAUGCUUCUAUCUGAUCGAUUCCUUGGAUACUUCAUGGUUCCAUCAAACGGAGUGUGGAACUACAAUUUCCAAGGUCAACGUUGGUCGCCUGCAAUGAAGUUCGAUGUGUGUCUUUCUAAUCCAAAGGAGUACUAUCAUGAAGAUCAUCGGCCGGUUCACUUCCAUAACUUUAAGGCAUUCGACGAUCCACUUGGAACAGGAAGCGCCGAUCGCGAGGAUGCAUUUGCAUAAUCAUUUUUCUUAUUUUAUCUAAAAAUUUAUUAUUUUUUCUCUUCUAAGGACCUCCAUAAUUUAUUCUCAUUUUGUUGAAUUUCAUUUUUUGGUUUUUUUAAUCACUAAUCUAUUUCUCUCGUUUUUUCUCUUCCCUUCGAAUCUCCUAAGCAACACUGUGUGUAUUUUCCCAAACCCCCUCCCAGUCCUUUUCAACCAAAUAAGGUUCGUUCUGUCAGAAAUUUAAUCCUGAAAUUUUAUCAUUAGUCUUGACGUUUUUAUUCCUCUUUUUUGUUCUCAUGGUCCCUGAAAUUGUAAAUUGGGAAAUGUAUGUUUCUCCCACCUUCCUCCACUAUUUGUUUUCUAUAUAAAGUGAAGGUAUUUGGUAAAACGUACGAGACAUCUCAUCAUCAUGAAUCCAUUUUUCAUUCCGU